UUUUAGAGUUCAAUUUAGCUAUAAAUAUCUACAAAUUUAAAAAUUGUGUUACAUUUAGAAUUUGUGUUAAAUUUCGAAUUUAGUAAUUUAUAACUACUUAUUUUAGGAAUUUCAAAUGGAACAAAACAUUCCGCGCCCAGGGCCUGUUAACCGUUCACUACUCACGUUGCCACUGCGUGCCUAUCGUGCGGACCGUAUAUGGUAUGAACCGAAUUCCAAAGACUCGUGCUUGAAAUACGUCAGUUGCCCUUCAGCUGCAUUCGGAGUUGAAGAGCGAGAUCCAAGAGUGAUAAGUAUGUUAGCAUAUGCUGGCUUCUUGGGGGUAGAGCACAUUGCCCGUAUGAAGGUGGAUCAUAGUUUAAUAUGCGCUUUGGUGGAGAGAUGGAGGCCGGAGACACAUACUUUCCAUCUUCCAUUCGGUGAGGUCGGCAUUAGUCUACAAGAUGUGGCGAUGAUCCUUGGUUUGCCCAUUCGGGGUAUGCCCCUCAGUGGUCCAACCGUUAAGGGUAAGGCUCAGUGGAUCGACCUGUGCACGCAGUCGUGUGGUUUCACUCCUCUAGAGACUGAUAUGCGCACGAGUGAUAUCACCAUGAGUGCUCUUACCCGUCACCAGAUCCUACCUGACAGUACAGACGAAGAGGUCACCGAACACACCAGAACCCUAAUAUGGCAAUUGCUUGGAGGCCUUUUGUUCCCUGACACGAGUGGGACAAGAAUACGAUUAUACUUUUUGGAGGUCUUGCAGGGUGACUUGACUUUAGCCCGUCGAUGGAGUUGGGGAUCAGCGGUUCUCGGGUACCUCUACCAUAACUUGUGCAACGGCGCCAAGUGGGAAACCAAACAAGUUGGCGGUUGUAUGCACUUGUUACAGAUUUGGGCUUGGUCGAGGAUUUCGAUGGUCCGUCCCUCAGUAGUUCAGGUCAUUCAACAUGACCAUCUUCCAUAUGGGUGCAGGUGGAUCGUCCCCAAGUCAUAUAAGGGAUCCCCAAGACACUGCAUACGCCUGUACCGGGAUGACCUAGACCGAAUGAGUGAGAGUCAGGUAGUACUUCAAAUUUUUACUUCCACCGUACUAUUCAAUAUUUAAUACACAUUGUUUUAUAGUGGUUAAAUUGCAAAUUAAAAUUUUUACAGUUUGAUUUCACUCCCUACGCGUCCGAGGAACUCCCACCUAUCAUCCUCAAUGACGCUCCGCUUUGGUCGGCUAGGGUCAUGCUCAUAUUUUGCAAUAUGGCCGAAAUGCAUUACCCCGAUCGAUUUCUUCGGCAGUUCCAUAUAAGGCAAGAUACUCCGGAUGCUCCUUUGGCGGGUACUGAUCAUCACGGCAAUCGUUCCAACAUAGUAACCGGUGCCUUGACGUUGUGGGCAGACAUACAACAUAAUAUAUACUUUCUUGAUUAUGAUCGACAUAUGUCCGUCGAAGCAACUAAGAGGUACCGAAAAUGGUACCAGAAGCAUGGUAUGACACGUGUCCAGAACCCUUCUCACAAUGUGCCCACGACAGGCUACAUCCCGACAUCACACGAUUGGGGUAUUGUGGUAAGUUUUUGAAUACAUACUAUAUUCAUUAACAUAUAUCAUGUCAUAUUAUUUACACGUGUUACAUUUUUAUGCAGAGGCAGAGCUUUUACGAGCUGAAUAAGCUCUUAGCCGACCGCGCAAGUCAUGAGGACUGUCAAAAACGACUACAGCGGAUGGCCCUGGACAUAGGUGAUGAAGAGAUGCUCCGCCGGGGCAUAUUCCAUUAUGAAGAUGAAGAUGAAGAUGAAAGUGGAAGUGACGAAGAGGAUGAUGCAGAUGAACAUGAAGGUGGGGGUGAGCACUCACAAUCGCCCCCUCAAUUUUCAACACGUGAGGGUGUCUCAUUUGAUCAACCACCCCCUCAAUUCUCAACGCAUCAAGGUGUCUCAUUUGAUCAACCACCGUCGUAUUAUGAUUCUUAUCAGUACUCCACACAAGCGGUUGAUUAUGUUGAUUCAUUUCUGGAUUCGUCGUCGUUUUACUAUGGAGACACAAUGGGGCCUUGAAACACUAGCGGUGGGGACGGAGCAGGGCCGAGCACGCAACGUUAGAUGUAGUAUCAUUAAAUUUAUAUUAUGGUAUGUACUGUCUAUUUAUUAAUAAAUUACAUUGAAACCUACAUUUGUUUUGUUCACUUUCAUUAAAUUUACAAAUCGCAUUUAAAACAAAUUCA